CCUUUUUCGGGCUUCGUCGAGACCACCGGCGACGCUCUGCGCCUGAUCCAGGCUGCGAGACAAGGCAUUAUACCACGUAUAACGCGGAGGCUGAACGAUUUCGAGCGAAGAUCAAUGAUACGCAGCGGCGCCGUCUUCGUCUUCAGCGUAGACGAGAGUGGAAUGAAACGUUGGACCGAAGGCCUUGCCUGGUCACCGUCUCGCAUGUCUGGCAAUUUCCUCGUA